AAUUACUUCAGAAAAAUGACUAAAACUUCAAUUUUUCUAAUUUUUUGUCUCACAACGACUUCUUUUGCGCAAUUCAAUCCACAUUACGCCCCAAAUCGGUCGGUUAUUGUGCAUCUUUUCGAAUGGCGUUGGAACGAUAUCGCCCGUGAAUGCGAACAAGUUCUUGGUCCUGCUGGCUACGGAGGCGUGCAACUCUCUCCUGUUAAUGAAAAUGCCGUCGUUUAUGGUCGUCCAUGGUACGAACGUUAUCAGCCAUUGUCGUACAAGUUCAACACUCGUUCCGGCAACGAAGCUGAAUUGCGAAAUAUGAUCAAAAGGUGCAACAAAGUCGGCGUUCGUGUCUUUGUCGAUGUCGUUUUCAAUCACAUGGCGGCAGGAAGUGGCGUCGUUCGCGGUACUUCAGGCAGUCGAGCUGAGCCUGGCAAUCGGGCGUAUCCCAUUUACAGCAGAUACGACUUUAAUCGCUUGUGUGGCAUCAACAACUAUCAAAAUGCCACCGAAGUUCGCGUUUGUGAGUUGAGCGGCUUACCGGAUUUGGAUCAGUCGAAGAGUUACGUUCGCAAACAAAUUGUCGACUUUUUAAAUAAACUCGUCGAUAUGGGAGUUGCUGGUUUUCGAGUUGAUGCCGCGAAACACAUGUUCCCCGAAGACCUUCAAGCCAUUUACGGAAGUGUCAAAAAUUUGAAAACCAAAGCGGGAUUCCCGAAAAAUGCGCGUCCUUUCAUCGCGCAAGAAGUUAUCGAUGUUGGCGGGGAAGCGGUGUCCAAAUUCGAGUACAUCAACUUGGGAACUGUCACGGAAUUUGUUUAUUGCUCGGAAAUCGGGUUAGUUUUCCAAGGACAGCAUCCGGUGAAUCAGCUGGAAAAUUUGGGACCAGCGCGGACAUUUUUGCCGUCGGAAAAAGCGUUCGUUUUUGUCGAUAAUCACGACAAUCAACGGGGACACGGAGGCGGCGGCAUCGUUUUGACCCACAAGAAACCCAAGGAAUACACGAGUGCCGUUGUUUAUACCCUCGCCAACAAUUACGGCAUCCCGCGCAUCAUGUCUUCAUAUUAUUUCGACAAUCCAUCGAUGGGACCGCCACACGACUCAAACGACAACAUUCGGGGUCCCGGAACUAAUCGACGUGAUGGGUCAUGUACCGGCGGAUGGGUUUGCGAACAUCGUUGGAAUGGCAUCCGAAACAUGGUUAAAUUUAGAAAUGCAGUUGGAAAUGCUCCCGUUACCAAUUGGACCACCUAUGGCAACAACGCGCUGUCAUUUUGUCGCGGAAAUGUCGGUUGUGUCGCUUUUAAUACGGGGAAAAAUGACUUUAGCCAAGAAAUUCGAACAAAUUUAGCGCCAGGAACUUAUUGUGAUAUCAUUAGUGGCGAAAAAGCCUAUAAUCGAUGCACGGGAAUUGCAAUUCAAGUUAAUCAAAAUGGACAAGCAAGAAUUACAAUCAAUGGGAAUGCAACGUAUGGUGUUGUUGCCUUCUACAAAGGCUCGAAAUUGUAAAAUCGUUUGGUCAUUUAAAGGUUUGAAACGAGCCUACAGAGGUUCGAGCCUCACAAAAGUUAAAAAAAAUAAAAUAAAUAAAAUUUCAA